UAGAUCUACUAGAUAUAUGGGUGUGGCUAUUCACACGAAUAAAGAUGGCUUCUGGCAGUAAUCCAGUAGGAGUGAGUGAUGGUUUUAGGAGGACCUGGGACCGCUCGCUGUAUGAAGGACUCGCGAAGGAAAGGCUAAAGAAAGAUAGCAAGGGGAAAGAUGACAAGGAUGAUAAGCCACAGGAGAGAGAGCUCCUCAAACACAGAGAUUAUAAAAUUGAUUUAGAUGGUAAAUUAGGUAAAUCCCUGGUAAUUACUCAAGCAACUCCUCAGUCUCAGAGUGGAGGGUACUACUGUAAUGUCUGUGAUUGUGUCAUUAAAGACUCUAUCAAUUUCCUGGACCACAUCAAUGGAAGAAAACAUCAGAAGAAUAUGGGUAUGUCAAUGAAAGUAGAGAAGUCAACAUUAGAUCAAGUGAAGAGAAGGUUUGCUGUAGCACAAGAGAAGAAACAAGAAGAGAAGAAGCAAUAUGAUUUUGAUGAGAGAAUGAAGGAGCUCCAUGAAGAGGAAGAGAAAUUGAAAGAGUACAGGAGAGAGAAGAGAAAGGAAAGGAAGAGGAAAGGGAAACCCGAGGAGGAGGAGGAGGAGGUGCCUCCAGAUCCUGAGCUGGAACUGAUGAUGGGGUUCAGUGGCUUUGGAACUAAAAAGAAAAAAUAAAUAAAACCCUCACUCUCUCUCUCUUACUGUCUUUUCUAUGUCAUCACCACUAUCAUUAUUAUUAAA